AGGAAAUUAAUAGUUCUACAACUCAUGUCUUAACAUCUACCAGACAGAUCUAGUAAAUGUACCAGUUAUUUAGUGCAACUUUGUGGCGAUGCAAUUCUGACUGUUUACGUGUUUAGAAAAUGGUGCCGAUAUAAAAAGGUGUAACUUUCUGUCUGUCUAUCUAUCGCUCUAGUUUAAAAACCCAUCUUUUGUGUUCAAGCAUGAAGAGCUUAUUAAUACUCUCUCGUAUGGUUCAUUUUAUUUUAUCGUGCUGUUUUUUAUUUUCCAAUCCAUGCUCCCUUUUUGAGUACUUUUUGUCACAGUACCAAACACUGUGGCAGGGAUAGUAGCCUCAAACAAAGUAGACUCUAGAUUGGGUUUCACAGAUCCAGAGAUUAUAAUAAUACAUGAUAUUAUUGUAUUGCAUUAUCAUGUAUUAAAAUAUAUUUGACGAUUAAUUGCUUUGAUAUAAAAACAAAAACAAAAAAGCACCGGAAAAUACUUGUAUAUUAAAUAUUUGGAAAGUAAUGUGUAAUUAUUUAAUACAAUACAAAAUAAAUGCUCUUAAUUCUUACAGAAUGCACCAGGAACUGUUCGAAUAUAUACUAUAUAUUUUUACUAUAAGAUAAAAAUGCUGGAGUAUUUCUGUAAUGACCAAACAAGUACAUUACAAAAGUGCGUACCAUUUUAUAAGAGCCCUACACUGAAAAACAAAAGAAUAUGACGCGACUUCUGUUCCACCUUAAAAAACUAGACAUCGCAGUAAACAGUAGAAGGAAUGGCCGCCCACCCUCCGCCCACCUCCUCCCCUCCUACAGUGGUGAAAGUCUUCUGUAAAGCCGCUCAAGUGUGUGAAAAAAGAGGCGGUCACUCGGUGUGGGCCGGUGUUUACUAUACACAGUAAGAACCACAGACUUUGUCACGACUUGACCACCACUACGAGCUGAAUCCUUUUGUGUCUGUCUUGAGAGGCAAAAUAUUCAAAACGGAUCCUCCUUUCUGCGCUCUGUGUCUGGGUAGCUGUAAGAACAUGACAUCAGCGGGAGAAGAUGGCAACGCGUUGCUGGACCCUCUGUUUAUUGAAGAGAACGAGGAGGACUACAGAAACCCCACUGAAGUGAAAAUGAGUCAGAUUGUGCUGCCCUGCCACGCCAACCACUGUGGGGAGCUGAGUGUUGGACAGCUGCUGAAAUGGAUGGACUCCACAGCCUGUUUGUCUGCCGAGAGACAUGCAGGUUGUUCCUGUAUCACCGCUUCUGUGGACGACAUCAAUUUUGAACAUACAAUAGGAGUGGGGAAAGUUGUCAACAUCAUAGCAAAGGUCAACAGAGCCUUCACAUCCAGCAUGGAGGUGGGAAUAUUAGUGACCUGUGAAGACCUUUACACCGACCGGCAGUGGAAGAUUUGUCACGCCUUUGCGACGUUUGUAGCCAGACGAACUGAAGCUGGAAAGGUGCAGCUGAACCAAGUGGUUCCUCACACACAAAUGGAGCAGAUGGAGUACAGCCUGGCAGCAGAGAGGAGGAGGAUGCGGCUCAUCCAUGCUGAGAUCAUCACAGAUCUGUUGAACAGCAGCACAGCUCAACUGGGAGAAUGUCAGGAGUACACAGGGGCAGUGGCAGCUGAGAGAACACGAGUGGAGAGCGUGGAGCUGGUCUUACCUCCACAUGCCAACCACCAGGUCAGCACCUUUGGAGGCCAGAUCAUGGCGUGGAUGGAGAAUGUGGCUACAAUUGCAGCAAGUCGCUUGUGCAACGCUCACCCAACCCUAAGGACCAUUGAUAUGUUCCAUUUCCGUGGACCAUCACACAUCGGUGACCGACUGGUGCUGAAAGCCAUUGUCAACAAUUCCUUCAAGCACAGCAUGGAGGUGGGAGUGUGUGCCGAGGCCUACCAGGGCAGAGAACCUCUCCGUCAUAUAAAUAGUGCUUUUAUGACCUUUGAGGUUCUGGACAGUGAGGGAAAAACAUGCACUCUUCCUCACAUACGACCUGAGCCUGUGGACGGUAAAAGACGUUAUCAAGAAGCCAUCGCAAGAAGGAAAAUUCGUCUUGAUAGGAAAUACAUUAUCUCCUGCAAGCAAACUGAAGUGCCUUUGUCUGUACCCUGGGAUCCAAGUAACCAGAUGUACCUGAGCUACAACAAUGUAUCAGCACUGAAACUAAUGGACACUAGAAACAACUGGGUGUUAACGUCUGAGAAAAACAAGGUCCGACUCUACACACUGGAGGAAAACCAUGUGCUGUGUUUCAAGGUGGAGAUGCACGUCAGUGUGGCAGCAGAGCAGACCUUCCACCUGCUCUCAGACCUGAGGAGGAGGAAAGAGGGGGACCCACACUACAAGGAGUGUGAGGUGAUCAACCAGGCAGAUGAAGAUGACACCCUUUACCGAGUAGCUACACCCUCGGUAGGUAGAGGGGGCAAAGGUCAGGACUUUAUCUUACUGGCGUCAAGGAGGAGGCCAUGUGAUGCCAGUGACCCAUACUUGAUUGCUCUGCGCUCUGUUUCCAUGCCUACGCACCCGCCGACCGAUGACUACACCCGCGGAGAAGUGCUCUGUGCUGGCUUCACAAUCUGGGACGAGUCAGACGCCAAUGUCACCAAGAUCACCUACUACAACCAGGCCACACCAGGAGUCCUUCCCUACAUCUCUACAGACAUCGCCGGCCUCUCGUCCAGCUUUUACAGCGUUUUCUCUGCCUGUAGCCACUUUCUAGAGGCCAACAAGGAGAACCUGGCUGCUCACUGCACUGUAACAGAAUAGUACUAGCAGGAAGUACUGGAGUACAAUAAAAAAGAUGAGUAGGUGACAAGGUGGAAAGUUAUACGACUACUUGGAAGUAACAGACAGAGAAAGUUGACCUCUCAGGGGGCAGAUUUUCAGAGUUGUCCACCUUUACAUCUGCUCAAAAUAUUCUUACAGGUGCUGAGCAACAUGAGCCUGUUCCUAACAAAACAGCUGAUGUUGCAUAUAUGGUACUUUUAAUCCUAAUUUCUUGAAUUUUAAAAUUCAAUAAGGCUAGUCCUUAAUUCAAAAUGGCGCCUCCAACUGGUCGUCUGCAGUAGCUCAACGCACAAGACUUUUCCCAGUGUUGGAUCAGUAAAGUUUUAUCUAAUCUUUAUUUGAUCUAAACUCAGUUUUAUAGCCUUUCAAUACUCUGUCAAACUUUCAGCUAAUUCUAUGCUGCACAAUAUACGUUACUAUUGCUACUGCACUGAGUGGCAGUGGAAUAAGCACUUUGUUUUUGUCUUUAUUCUGUCUUUCAUUGAGGUCAGUAAAAUGUAGAAAACCUGUGCAAUAGUAGUUUGUAGGUCGAGUGUUGGUAAAUCUUUUGUUUUGUAUAAAUAUAUUAUUUUGACAUGCAGUAAUCAUAUGACAACUUUUAUGACUGGAGUCGAAUGUAGUUUAUAACUGAUUAAGAUUUAGAUUUUCUACCUCAUUAGAAGUGUUUUUAACAAAUUGAUUAAAACGAACAUUUCAUUCUAAAUAGUUUUUCAGAUGUAUUUAAGAUAUGAUAAGUUAUGUCAUAUUUUGUAAGAACUGCACUUGGAUUUUGUUCAUAUGCACAGUCACUGUCUAGAUCUUACCAUGACUGGAGUCUUGAUUUAACCUGAACAAUAAAAACAGUUGAUUAUUAU